UCAAGCUUUCCUGUGAAAAAAAGCUAAGAACAGCCAUGGCUAAUAGGUACCAUGUGAGAUCAGUUAGCCUGCCCUCAAGAUCCCAUCCCACCACCCUUAGAGUACAAGAAGAGCUGAACAAGCUCAAAACUUGGGAGGCGUCAUCAACUUCUACAUCAGGGUCAAUUUUCAUUGGCCUGUCAGGACUAGAAGACUUGUACAAAGAAGUGAAUGAUCUAUUCAGCAUGUCAUCAGCACAGGAUGCCUUCUCUCACUGUCAAAAUGGAAAAUGUCUUGACAAUUUAUCAGAUGGAUCAGUGAGGAUUUUGGAAAUCUUACAAGGGACUUGAUGUUACAGUUCAAGGAGCAAGUUCAAGCUCUUCAAUCUGCCCUUCGGAGGAGAAAAGAAGAUUCUAGCAUCGAAAAAAGUGUAGCUAAUUAUACUUGCUUCAGAAACAAGAUAAAUAAGGGGGCGAAGAAGUAUAUUGCUGUAUUGAAGCAAAUGGAGAGCAAAGUUAAGGCAUCUGCACUUGAAGAUAACCACUUGAUUCGAUUGUUUGAAGAAGUCAUUGCAAUGAAUAUUUCUAUCUUCCGAUCCCUUUUCUUGUUCUUGUCAACAUCGAAGCCAAAACGAAGUAGAUGGUCUACUGUUUCGAAGUGGAUGCACAAGGGAACAAUAGCAUGUGAAGAAAAGCAAGAAAUUGAGAAUCAUUUAGAAAGCGUUGAUGCUGCAUUAAGCGAGAGGCCUCAUCUCGUUAAUAUUCAAAUUGCGCGUCAAAGGUUGGAGGCUUUGGAGGCCAGCGUUGAACAUAUUGAGAAUUGCUUGGAGAAUGUGUUCAGGAACUUGAUUAAAACAAGAGCCUUCAUUUUGAACAUAAUCUCUCAAUAGAGCCUUAACACUACUGAUUUCUAAACAAAAUCCGGGAAAGGCAUCAAAAUUUUAGAAGAUCUGCCGAACCUAUAUAUGUACAUAAAUCAAAUUUUAUAUCUGUAUAAUGAAAUAUAGAAAAGUUUU